AUUGAAAAAUUUUUAUCAACAAAUUUUAUAUGCAAUAAAUUACUGUGCUCUUGGUAGAUGGCGCUUAUAAAUGCUUAUCUACGUCAGAGUUUGUGCGUGAACUGUGUAAUAUCGAUUUGUAACAUUUAACAGAUUUAUGUAAAUUUUUAAGAUAUUUAUAAGAUAAUUCAUAAAAUGUUUAUAAAUAUUAAUAAAAAAAUGAAAAAAGAUUUCGCGAUUUAUAUUUUGUUUUCGAUUUUAUUUAAAUUUAUAGAGUGUAAUAGCGUAAAUAAAUAUGCGUUACUUAUGCCAAAUGUUAGACCAAAUAGGGAAGAAUUGUAUUUGUGUACUCCUGUUAAAGUAGAUCCUUCUAAAAAUUAUUAUUUGACGGGUUUCGAACCAAAUGCAACAAUGGAAACCGCUCAUCAUAUUCUUUUAUAUGGUUGUAGAAAACCUGGUAGUUCAAAACCUGUAUGGGAUUGUGGAGAAAUGGUACAUGGUAUAAAUGAUAACAAAGAUACAAUGGUACCAUGUGCAGAAGAUUCUCAGAUAUUAUAUGCUUGGGCUAGAGAUGCACCAACAUUAAUUUUACCAGAAGGAGUAGGUUUCAAAGUUGGUGGAGAUUCUUCAAUUAAAUAUCUAGUUCUACAAGUUCAUUAUGCUCAUAUCACACAAUUUCAAGAUGGCAGAACCGAUGAUUCUGGUGUAUUUCUAUAUUACACAUUAAAUCCAUUGAAUAAAUUAGCUGGUGUUCUUCUUUUGGGAACUUCAGGUAUCAUACCACCUAGAAGAACAACAUACAUGGAAACAGCCUGUAUGAUAAAAGAGAACAAAACUAUUCAUCCUAUUGCAUAUAGAACACAUACCCAUUCUCUUGGAAAAGUAGUUUCUGGAUAUUUGGUAAAACCAGAUUAUACUUGGAUAGAAUUAGGCAAAAGAGAUCCUUUGACUCCACAAAUGUUUUAUCCCGUACAUAAUAAAGUUUCAGCUAGUCAGGGUGAUCAAAUAGCAGCCCGUUGUACUAUGCAAAGUACACGUGAUAGUUGGACAUAUAUUGGCGCUACUAAAAAUGAUGAAAUGUGUAAUUUUUAUUUAAUGUACUAUGUUGAAAAUGACAAACCAUUGUCUAUGAAAUAUUGCUUUACUGCUGGUCCUCCUCGUUAUUAUUGGAAAGAUGCUGGACUUUUUAACAUUCCCACUAUAGAGGCGUCUAGUUUAUAACGUGAUAUAUAAAAAUCUUGAUUAGAAAUUGAUACAGAGACAAUGUUAUUUAUAAUGAAAGUAUUUUAUCUAUUUAUUGUAAAAUAGAAUUUGUUCUUUACAUUUUAUUUGUAAUAACUUGUGAUAAACUUUCGUAUUUAAUACGAAAUUAUGACAAU